AUGCAAAAGAAAUCUUCUUCUUCUUCCAUUCAUAUUUCUCCCAUCAUUUUUCAUGGCAAAGAUGCUCAUUCGUGUGGUUACUGUAAAACAUUGGAUGAGGAAUCGGAUCGGUACAUGAGAACUCCUGAUACUUCAGUUAGUAUUGGAUUUCAUGUUUAUCAAGUACCUUCCAAUAUUUAUGAACAAAUGAUGUAUCGGAAUAUGAGAAGAUGUGGUGAUUAUUAUUAUCAACCGGUUAACAAUGAAACAUGUUGUCCACAGUAUGCCAUUCGAUUAAACACAUUGGAAUUUAAGAUGAACAAGAAACAAUCAAAGGUUCUGAAAAGAAUGAAGAAAUAUUUAGAAACUGGUGUGGUUCAUCAUCAAAAUGAUGAUGAUAAUCAAGAACAAGUUUCCGGACACGACACCAAGAAGAGAAAAGUUGAUGAAAAUGAUCACAAGCUGCUCGGACAGCUCUCUGAAUCGUUGCAAUCACUCUUGAAGGACAAUAUCGAAAAGUUUAUCAAAUUCUUUGAUGGAGUUGUCAAUCAAGAAGAGUUGAGACAACAAUUAACAGAAUUAUUUCAAAAGCAAACAUUCCAAAAAAGCCAGAGAAGUUCAAAUACAUUCUCGUGUGGAAUUGCAUUUGCUUUGUUUGGCUUAUCGAAAAAGUUGAAAUGCAAUACCGUUUGUGACAAGAAGGAUUUUGGGUCAGAAGUUGCUUCAAUUCUUUUGCAAAGCAAUUGGGAGCAAACUUUUGAUGUUAAUAUUCAGGUGGAAAAUAAUGGAUAUAUUAAUGUGACAUUGAAACAUCCAAGCACAGAAAAUGCAUCUUCAAAAGGCAAAAGGGAGCAAAGCAAGCAAGCCCAAUCAUCACAGCCACAAUCAGCCCAACCAAAAACAUUGACAACAGUACUUCUAGACUCCAGUUACAGAGCAGAAGAGUACAAAGUCUAUCAAAAAUAUCAAAAAACUAUUCACAAAGAAGAAACUACAGAGAAGGGUUAUGAGAGAUUUUUAUGUAAAUCUAGUUUGUUAGAUAUGGACACCCAAAGCAGCUCUCCCGAAAAACCAUUGAAGGGAUAUGGAACUUUUCACCUUCAAUAUAGAAUUGAUGAUCAACUUGUUGCAGUGAGCGUAUUGGAUGUUUUACCAACUGGCCUUAGCUCAGUAUAUUUCUUCUAUGAUCCAGACUAUUCACAUUUGUCUCUUGGAGUUUACUCAGUUUUGAACGAAAUUGAAAUGUUGCAAAAGGAAAGUAUCAAAUUUCCACAAUUCAAGUACAUGUAUCUUGGUUUCUACAUUCAUUCAUGCAAAAAGAUGAGAUACAAGGGCGAAUAUUAUCCCUCUGAGCUACUUUGUAAUGAAACUUUUACAUGGGUUCCACUUGACAAAUCACUUUCCUCCAAAUUAGAUCAACACAAAUAUUUUAAAUUUAAUGAGCAAGCGGAAACAGUAAGAAAUGUGGACUUUCCUGAAACGAAUGGACUUUACUUGUUUGUGAGCGGUCAAAUUCUUCCAUUCACACUAGGCACGUCUAUUCUUCCAUUGACCAAGAGUGCCUUGCAGAAGAUAAAUCUUUUCAAACGGACUUUUGGAAAACAGUUGGCUUUAGAAAGUGGUUUUGCCUAUUAUGUGGGUGAAGAGGAUUUAGAGGAUGGUGACGAAGAAGAUGACGAAGAUGAAGAGUAA